UAAGAACCGCAAGGGGGGGGGGGGGGGGGGGGGGGAGGACGAACAAAAGCGAAUAAACCGGAAACCGUGUGAACCGGUAAUUAAGAACCGCAAGGGAGGACGAUAGAGCGGUUCUGCAUGAACCCUGAGGAUAUAUUCGGUCUGUGCAACAGGAAGAACGCGAUUUUCGUUAUCCUGUGUGCGGCGGCGAUCUUUGUGCACUUGUACACGAAGGAGGUGGUGGACACGGAAGAGGCGAGGGUCCACGGAAACGUGGACGAGUUGAAGGAGAAUUGGUGUUUCGACGACGAGGAAUUGUCCGCGUUUCGAUCGCACUGCAACGAUGUUGAGAACAUUCUAUCUGCUCUUGUUGAUGCUUUUCACGUUCGAUUUCCCUCGCGGUAGGACAGUUGAUGCGGAGACGAGCGUUCGAGCGAGUACGGGGAUCGUUAACAGAGACGAGAAUCGGAGGGAAACUCGAGGUCGACCGGAAAUCAGAGACGAGAACUCGGGUGAGCUAGUCGGCAAAUGGCGGAACAAUGGCGAGGCCUUAGAACCUAAAUGGCGGGACGGCGAUACAGUUCCUCUGCUUCCAUUUUCCCAAUUUUCCCGAUUCUCCAGGGACAAAAUCGACAACGAGGAGGAAGAGGACUACGAUCAUCGUGGAACGAAAUACCGUCAAAACAAUGGACGAGAAAAUUUUCUUCGUACGAGGAACAAUCAUCGAGCACCUUAUAACGAUCAUGAGAAUUACGAAUCUAUAGAGAACAGGCAUGGAUAUCGCGAACGAGAAGAAAUAUUGCCACGAAAAAGAAAUCGAUCCUGGCCUAUCGAGAAUACGGCUAUUUUUAGAGAGACGAAUAAUAGAAAGAAAGAUCAAAAUAGAGAUCUCAACGAGGACAAAGAAACGACGUCGAUGAGAUAUCGAGAGAUAUUUCAAGUACGUCCGAAUGAUUAUGAACAUGAAUUCAACGACGAGGAGUAUUUGAAGCCUCGACCGAGGAAACGAAGACCUCCGCAAAAUUACGAAUUUGCUUUGGUGGAAAACGAAACAUUGUUGAAUGAGAAAAGAAUAAACAAUAAUCCUGGAACUUGGGCUCGAGGGAACGAUCAAGAAAAUCCGCCAGAAACAACGUCAAAAAAUGAUCAAUUUUUACAGAAUGCCAUGGAGCUAAAAUCAUUAUUGAAGAUGCAACAGGAAGAGGGUUUGAGUUUGUCAGAGAUCCUACAGCGCAGAAAUUUGACUCUGAACGAUCUACUGAGAGGCAAGGUUGAUGUGAUCAAUGUUUUGAAGAUGAAAGACGUCGAGGAAUCCGAGGAUUAUGUUGAAGAGGCGGCGAAGAUGAUGACCAACUCGUUCGCGAAACUCUCCACAACAACGAAGAAACCAGAAUGGAUGCACAACGUGAAAUCUAUAAAAGAGAAGAAUUCUCAGAAUGACGAGGAAUUCGUAAUUUCGAUCAUUCCAUCGAACAGUAGCUUGCGUAAGAAUCAGGCGAAGGGAUCCUCGUUGAGUAGAAUAAAUAGCGGUGAAAUGUAUUCAGAAGUUGGGAACGCAACGAGUGGAAAAUUGAUUCCCGCCAGUGUCGAUCCUCCACGAGUCAAAGUUACUAUUACGACAUCGAUGCCGUUACCGGUUGCAACGAAUUCUAUGGAGCUAUUGCAAGCAGACGAUGCCACUGUGAAAUCACGCAACAAUGACGAAAUCGGAGCUGAGAGUUUAGACGAGGACGAAAUCAUGGAAUUUUCUGAUUUCACCGAUUACAAGAAGGGAAGAAAUGGUGUGUCUCCGGUUUGGUUGAUGAUGAAAGACGGAGAUACAAGCAAAUCUUCCAAAAGAAUAGAAAGUACGAAAAAUCAUUUUGAGGAUAGAGGAUCGACCUUGAGUAUUGAAAAAAUAUUAAGUCCCACGGAACGUUCAAAAUCAAUUAGUAAUUUAUCGAUUAAUUCUGAGAAUGAAGAACAACUUCUUGUUAAUUCCACUAAUGUUAACAGAAGUGCGAUAAUUAGGAAUGAAGAUCAUCGAGUUAUCCUAGAGCAUUCUGAAGAUGAUUACGGUACUUCUUCUGAAAAAGAAUAUCAGAGUGAUAUGCCGAUGAUGUAUUAUGAUUUGGAACAAAGCACAGAGGUCAAUAAUUCCAACGAUCAAAGGGAUAUGAGUAAAAUUAUAAUACAGGAAAUAGAAUCUGCGCUAGAUGCAAUGUCACAUAAUGUUAAUUCCACUAUAGAAAAUUAUCAAAAACUUACAAAAAAUCCAUCUAUAGAUAAAAAUAGUAAUAAUACUCUGAGAAAUCAUCAGAAUACAAACACAACCGAGAAAAAGAGCUAUGAUGAUAUUAUAUCAGAAGUAGAGCCUGAAGCUCGAGCAGAGAUUUUUGAAUUAUUUGCUUCUGGAUCAGCAGGAAAAAGAUUAGAACGUCUUCUUAAAUCGAGGAACAUGAGCUUAGAGGAACUAAUCGCAUUGAGACAAAGAGGUUCUAGUAAAGUUCACUUAGCUGAAGUAUCGCGACUCAGAGCUUACAAAUCAAAUGAUGAAUAUAGAAUGAAGAAUGUAAAUAUCUUCAAAGAAAUUAAAUCUUCGUCUAAUGAGGAUUUUGACAUAGACAAAGUUAUAAAUCAUGAAAACCAUGACAAAAGAAUUGACAAUAUGUCACAAUCGAGUGAAAAUCUAAAAAGCGUUGAUUCGUUAUUAAAUUCAACGAAUUCUAUUCGUCCUGAAGAAAGUACAACUGACCAAUUGAUGCCCGAUUUAAAAUCAAAUAGUCACAAUAAAGAUAUAGAGUUUAACAAUUCUUCAAAAAUAAAAAAUGAAGAUAAUAAUAGCAAGGAAGACAUCAAAGAUAGACAUACAGUACAAAUUGUUGAUUUAUUGACAACUUUUAGUUCUCUUCCGUUCAUUAAAGAUAUACAACGAGAGUUUUCAGAUCAAUACGGUAAUCGAGAAGAUAAAAACAAAUUACUAUUACAGAGUAACAAUCUUGGCGUGAUGUUCAUAAACAAUGAAAAAACAAUACAUAUCAAUGAUACAUCAAAUAUCGUAGAAUCUGGUUUUGUUAAAGAAAUUGUAAAACAAGAACCAAGUUCUAUUAACAUUCAAACUGUAUAUAGCGAAGCUGACAAUAUUUUCGAUGAAAAUGGAACUAAAAGCGAGAAAACUCUUUCAAGAGUGAAACCAACCAUAAUAGCAAGUGGCGCUAUUCUUGGUGUAACUCUCGUAGUUUUUUUAGCGAUAUUCAUCAUAUGCAGAAUUCGACAAAAACAAAAAUAUAGAUAUAAAAACACGUUUUCUAGAGCGGUAUUUCAAGGUCCAGUAAUGGCAGCCAGGAAAUUAUCAAAUUCGAGUAGUCUAAGUACUGUAAUGGUCAAUGUAGUUGCCACAUCAACGACAAAAAGGCCAGAAAAAACCGAAAUUCAGGAACCUGCGAGAGAAGUGGAUUCCAAAAGUGACAUUGAUAAUGAUUCAUUAGAUGCUAAUGAUAGCUGGGAAACAAUACCUGAUUAUAUGAAAUAAAUCAAUUUUGAUGUAUUUGUAAUUUGUCUUUAAAAAAAA